AUUUCAUGUAUCCCUGUGACGUACUUCUCUUCUAGGCCGAUCCAGCUGUUCAAUCAAAGUACAGUGGUACGGCAAGAGAGAGCCUCUCGCGGACUUGGUGAAAACUAAACACUGUGACAUAUUCUGGCUGACAUAAUUUAGUUCACAUAUAUAUUGGAUUAAAGAUGGCCGGAAACGCAUUGAAGAGACUCAUGGCUGAGUACAGGCAACUUACUGUUAAUCCACCUGAAGGAAUUAUAGCUGGUCCAAAAAACGAAGAUAAUUUUUUUGAAUGGGAGGCCCUUAUAACUGGUCCUGAAGGCACCUGUUUUGAGGGUGGUGUUUUUCAAGCCAGUAUUCAUUUCCCUCAUGACUACCCUUUAAAUCCACCCAAGAUGCAGUUUACCUGUGAAAUGUUCCACCCUAAUAUUUAUGCAGAUGGUCGAGUAUGUAUUUCAAUUCUGCAUGCACCUGGCGAUGAUCCUAUGGGUUACGAAACAAGUGCUGAGAGGUGGAGCCCUGUACAGAGUGUUGAAAAGAUUUUAUUGUCUGUAGUAAGCAUGUUAGCAGAACCAAAUGAUGAAAGUGGCGCAAACGUCGAUGCAUCAAAAAUGUGGCGAGAUGAUCGGUCAAGGUUUGAGGAAGUAGCGCAAGAAAUUGUCAGAAAAUCUUUAGGAUUAUAACAUUUAAAAAAAAAAUUAUAUUUUAAAAUUCUUUUAAUAUUCCCAAUUAUCAUUUUUAAAAGUCUGAAAAAGUACUUAUAUGAUUUCUUAUGGUAAAUUUAUAUAAUACAUGGCUAGAAAUCCUAAUACCCCUUCAUCAGAUACAUGAUUUUUACUUUGGUAGAGCAUGGUUUUUCAUUUAUUUACAAUUGCAAAUUUAUCAUACACAUGUUCAUGGUCCACUGUAGUAAAAACUGUUACUGUAGCACCAAGUUGAAGCAAUUUUUUUUUAUUUUUAAGAAAAACUAGUUGUGAUUAACUUCAUGGUCUAAUGCAGCUGCAUUAUGAGAGUUAUAACGUUGUUGUAUGUCAUCUAGGCUAGACCUGACCUAGGCCUAGGCCCUAGCAAAAUGACAGUGUCUUGUUCCCUGGUACUCCUUUGUGGUGGCCACAAAACUUGCGGCAUUCCAAGAUUUGAACAUGCCACAAAGACCCAGUCAAGGUUGGUUUCAUAUCAUGCGACUCCAGUUGAUUGUUACUAGAAAAAGUCUGUAUUGGCAUCUUGUGAAAUAAUUGUGACAUCUUAGUACAAUCUUGUCACUUUCUGGUACAGUCACCCAUUGUGCCUUAAUUGUCUUGUGAUUAAUUAAAUCUUUCAUGCAUCUUGUUAA